GCUGAUCUGCUGACCAUUUCCACCCCCAACUAUCCAAGCCAUGGCAGCAGCACGAUGGCCCAGCCACGAAUUCGUACCCAAUCCGCAUAUGGUCUCUGCAUCCACCAGACAAGUCAUAUUCGAACCAACGUUCUCAAAAAUGGAGGAUCUAGAUUAUUCUUCCACUCAGAAGUUGCGAGAAGCGUUCGCAAAAGUGGAAAGGCGUUUUCCCGGGUUUAGCCAGGAAUUUGUCAUUGGUCUUCUGCAGCGAUUGGGUUUGGAGAGUGAAGUUGACUUAUCAGAAACGAGCUUACGAAUCGCCGGAUUGCAGGAAGGUGGUUUACAAAAAGGCUCCCGGCGACCCCAUUUAGUCGAGAUAGAGACGAAAGCCCAAGCGCUGAAGGCCAGCUUAAGCACAAUACCAGAUGAGAUAACAGAUCGACGUUCCUUCAUUGAAUUGAUCAAGGUUAUCGCAAGCGCCAUCAAACAGAUGCUCGACGCAGUUUCUCAAGUCCUUGACACAUUGCCCCACGGAGCUCAGCGUCAAGCCCUUGAUGAACAGAAGCGAAGUUUCUUGCAUUACUGUCGUCAGUUUAGCACCACAUUAAAAAGUUACUUCAAGGACAAUAACCAACAGGCGGUGUACAACAGUGCCAAUCGUCUGGUCAACCAAGCGAAUUUGACGCUUCUGGUCAUUCGACAAUUCGACUGAGCCACAAAGCCAUGAGAGUGUAUUUGCUGCUCUCCCUAAUUCAUCCUCUUUAUCCAGUCACUCAACAUUUCUUCUCCUCUGGUUCUCUUCUGCUUCAGAUAUUCACCGCCUGGUGCCGAUGAUUAUUAGCUUACCAUACCCGCUAACCUGUUUUUUCGCACUAAUUUGUUACCUUUUUCAUCUAUUAGGCUUCAUUUUUAUACCAUUUUUACUUUGUUUAUACAGAACUCUGAUGGUGUUUUUUCCUAGUCUUACUGUUAAUUCCUAGCACACCCUGUUCUGUUCUUUAUUUUCGACCAUAUCACGUUUGGUUUACUCUCAGCGAUUUCCACUGGAUCGCAUAUUCUUUCUAUGAGCAAGUGCAUCAACGCAUGAGCAAUGUCAUUUUUCUUCGGCCAUUAAAAGCAGUUCUGA